CAUGUAUUUCAGUUCGGAGUUGUGCCUCUUCAGCAGCUCUAGCCUACUCAUUCUUCUCAUCCCUCUCCGGCUACUGUCUCACACUAGACGAACGAACCACUGCUGCGGGCUCUGGAACAGGAGGGAUAGACUUGUCUAGGCUACCCUAACCCCUUUGGCUUAUGUGAAAUAUUUGCUGCUCUGUCUCGGUAUACUUAGCCGAUGUGAAAUAACCGAGACAAUAUAAAACCUACGGUCAGAUAACGGGUCUGGUCAGGGUGCGCCAAAAUAACAGGAUUCUGUCAACUUGUUGCGCACUCAAUGCAGUGGAACUACAAGUGGUAGUUAGAAUUGUUUCGAGUAGCAGCCAAAGUGGACGAUUAUAAUUUCAGUUAUCAUCAUGGGCGAGACACACUAAGCCUCAGCUCCCGAGGCUCAGGAUUGUUUUAGCAGUGGGGGGACGAAGAGAGAGGCACGGCAUUCCCAGACUGGACCGAUAAGGACUCCUAAAUGCGUCUUCCUGUCGACCCAACGACAACAAUGAAUAGUGGUUCUAGCAACUUUCUGCUAGUUCCAAUACAGGAGUAUCCCGUUCUAGACUGCGUACCCAACAAAAACGUCAAGAUCGUGGUUUUGGGAGCGAGCAACGUGGGGAAAACAGCGUUGAUAGUCAGGUUUCUGACUAAGAGGUUCAUCGGGGACUAUGAGGCAAACACAGGGGCCCUGUACUCCAGAAAGAUCAAUCUAGAUGGAGAACAGGUUUCACUACAGGUUCAGGACACGCCCUGCGUCUCUCUACAGGACGAUGCAGAGGGACUUUAUUGUCAGGAGCAGAUCAACAGGUCUAUCUACUGGGCGGAUGGAUACGUCCUGGUCUUCUCCAUCACAGAUGACAGCAGCUAUAGAACCAUCCAGCCUCUUUACCAGCACGUCAGACGCAUCCACCCUGCAGGGAAUAUACCUGUCAUACUGGUGGGCAACAAGAGUGACCUCCUCCGUGCCCGCCAGGUGCCAGCCGAUGAGGGUGAGACUUUGGCAGCCUCUCUGGGUGGUGCGUAUUUCGAGGUCUCUGCCCGGGAGAACCACGAGGGGGUCCACGCCGCCUUCCUGCACCUCUGUGGCGAGGUGAGCCGAGCGCUGGGCGGGGGGAACGGGGAGAAGAGGAGAGGGCUGCACCUAGCUCGGCCUAAGUCCCCCAACAUGCAAGAGCUCAAAAGAAGGUUCCGACAGGUGCUCUCUUCCAAGGGGAAGUCUUCCACUACCCCGCUGUGAUGAUUCUGGUUCUGGUUCCGAUGGUUCUAGUUCUGGUUCCAGAAUUGGAAUUAUGGAUUUAGCCCAGUUGACUCUCUUGUGAUGUCAUUGUAUGAGAAUGAAUGGAACAGUUUCAAUGGAACAGUUCCAAUGGAACAGAGAGAAGAGAUAAACAGUUCUAUAUUCUAUUUCAUUCUAUUGGAAUGGAACGUUGAGAUAAGGAAAUCUAUAUUCCACUUGUGGAAGGAAUGGCACAGAGACAGCAAGACCAAACGCUUCCAGCAAAGGAGUGGGCUUCGUGGUACGUGAUAUCACAAGCCUGUCUGCCGAUUCAACCAAUGGUGACUGAGGAGACUGAAAAACAGACUAUGACUGACAGGUCUAACGGACCAAUCGUAGGCUUCUCUGAGAUCGCUAUUCGUACUAAGCGAUCAUGCAGUAGUCAACUCUCCUUGCUUUUGAUACAUUUGUAUUUAAAGAAUGUAAUCUAAAAUAAACUGUACCCAGAGGCAAAGAAAAAUUAUGUUGGCAUCACAGAUUACCUAUAAUGAAGGGAAUCUUUAUCUCUAAUGGCACUCUACGAGCCCUGGUCAAAGGUAGUGCUCUAGGCUAUAUUAUAGUGCUCUACCUUUGACCAGGGCUCGUAGAGUGCCAUUAGAGAUGGAACCUAUGUAUUUUCUCAAUGAAACAUUUAAAACAUGGACGGGCCAUGCUUAAUUCAAUUGAAUUGCUAAAAAAUGCACUCAACCACAGUCCUUGACAUCCUGGUCUGUACUAAUCUAUACCAGCUUGGUUCCCCUGAACAGUCACUAACCACAGGAUCAGUUUACCCUACCCCAACCCUAACUUAAACCAUCAGGAAGGCAAUAGAUAAAACGGACCACAGACCAGUUCUUAGGGGAAACUCCAUCCUACAUAAAAACCACUGUGAUCCCUAUGGUUGCAAAAGUCGGUUGGAAGAUUCCUGGAAUCAGGAGGGAAUAAGCAGGAUACUUUGAAUCCUUCAACCAGAAUUUCAGAAAAACCUGGGAAUUAUGGGAAAAUUACAGGAAUUCUGCAACCCUACUCAGGCCCCUUUAAGGUAACAUAUGUGGAGGCUGUAUGUCCUACAGAUGUAUCUGUCUGUCUGUGUUUUUUAUAUGAGUCUGGAAAGGAAGAGACGUGGGAUGCGUCCCAAAUGGCACCUUAUUCCCUAUAUAGUGCACUACUUUUGACCAGGGCCUAUCAAAAGGAAUGCACUAUAUAGGGAAUAGGGUGCCAUUUGGGAUGUAGACACGAGUUCUCACGACCUUUCACCUCUAUCUGCUGUGUCAGAGUUUAACACACACCAGAUCAGGGAUCAUCCACUAGAUUCAGCCACAGGCUGAUUUUUUUUCUUCUUGAGCGGAUGGUCAGGGGGCCGGAACAUAAUUACAAAUGAUUUGAAAACCGCAAAUAGACCGCAAGAAGCCGAAACAGAUAUAAUAUAUCAAACCUUGUUUACAUUUGUAUACAAUCACAUACUGUAUAUACAGUAUAUAUCUAUUAUGUGCGGGAAUACU